AUGCUGAAGCCGGGUAGUGCGGAGGAAGCCGCGCAGCUCCCCCCUCGGCGCACCCGCGCCCCUGUCCCCGCGCUCGCGCCAGGACCCGCGGCCCCCGACGGCUCUCGGGCUUCGGCCCGCCUCGGUCUUGCCUGCCCGCUGCUGCUGCUGCUGCUGACGCUGCCGGCCCGCGUAGACACAUCCUGGUGGUACAUCGGGGCCCUGGGGGCGCGAGUGAUCUGUGACAAUAUCCCUGGCCUGGUGAGCCGGCAGCGGCAGCUGUGCCAGCGGUACCCAGACAUCAUGCGCUCGGUGGGCGAGGGCGCCCGAGAAUGGAUCCGGGAGUGUCAGCACCAGUUCCGCCACCACCGCUGGAACUGCACCACGCUGGACCGGGACCACACUGUCUUUGGCCGCGUCAUGCUCCGAAGCAGCCGGGAGGCAGCAUUUGUAUAUGCCAUCUCGUCAGCGGGGGUGGUCCAUGCUAUCACCCGCGCCUGUAGCCAGGGUGAACUGAGUGUGUGCAGCUGUGACCCCUACACCCGUGGCCGACACCAUGACCAACGUGGGGAUUUUGACUGGGGUGGCUGCAGUGACAACAUCCACUAUGGUGUUCGCUUUGCCAAGGCCUUUGUGGAUGCCAAGGAAAAGAGGCUUAAGGAUGCCCGGGCCCUCAUGAACUUACAUAACAACCGCUGUGGUCGCACGGCCGUGCGGCGGUUUCUGAAGCUCGAGUGUAAGUGCCAUGGCGUGAGCGGCUCCUGUACUCUGCGCACCUGCUGGCGUGCACUCUCAGACUUCCGCCGCACGGGUGAUUACCUGCGGCGGCGCUAUGAUGGCGCCGUGCAGGUGACAGCAACCCAGGAUGGCGCCAACUUCACAGCAGCCCGCCAAGGCUAUCGCCGUGCCACCCGGACUGACCUUGUCUACUUUGACAACUCCCCAGACUACUGUGUCUUGGACAAGGCUGCAGGUUCCCUUGGCACUGCGGGCCGUGUCUGCAGCAAGACAUCUAAAGGGACGGAUGGUUGCGAAAUCAUGUGCUGUGGCCGAGGGUAUGACACAACUCGAGUCACCCGUGUCACCCAGUGUGAGUGCAAAUUCCACUGGUGCUGUGCUGUGCGAUGCAAGGAGUGCAGAAACACUGUGGACGUCCACACUUGCAAGGCCCCCAAGAAGGCAGAGUGGCUGGACCAGACCUGA